AUGCCUCUCGCACCGACCCCUGUGGUGGCGGUGCCAUCAAAGCCAAAAAUUGGAUUUAGUAUAGACAGUAUAGUUGGUGGUUCCGAAAGACCUAAGCACGCUUCGCCGCCGCUAGCUAGCCCCGGUUCACCGUCACCCAUUGCAUCUCCCAGAAGUCCGUCUCCGCGGCCCUUGUUACGACCGAGCGCUUUGCCGGCUGUUUUCCCGACACCAGAUCUAAAGAGGCUACCUUAUUUGGACGCUCAAAGUCAUCACCACCAGUUCUUAGCACAUUUCCAAGGGGCUGCUCUAGCAGCAGCAUUAGCUCAUCAGCAGCAAAGUUUUGGAGCCCCGUUACCACCUCAUCCACCGCCACAUCCAGCAGCGCCAGUGCCAAGAGAGUCGUACCAGUUAUACCCAUGGUUAAUCAACAGGCACGGAAGGAUAUUCCCUCAUAGGUUUCCUGGAGGUCCGGACAUUCCCGGCUUCCUCCUGCAGCCAUUCCGCAAACCCAAGAGGAUCAGAACUGCAUUCUCACCAUCCCAACUCCUCAAGUUAGAGCAUGCGUUCGAGAAGAACCACUACGUGGUCGGCGCCGAAAGGAAACAGCUCGCGCAGGCGUUGAGCUUGACUGAGACGCAGGUCAAAGUAUGGUUCCAAAACAGAAGAACGAAACAUAAAAGAAUGCAGCAGGAAGAAGAAGCGAAGACUGGCACCAAAUCAAGUUCCUCCAGCAACAAACCAGAAGAUGGUAGCCAGUUCAAUAACUCAUAUGAAGAGGAUGAAGAACUAAUAGACAUGGAUAUGGACGAACUAAGUGAGAGUGAAAACGAAACGUAA